AUGCCCAUAACAGUUCCUUUGAAGUUACUCCAUGAGGCACAAGGAUUUAUUGUUACCAUAGAGACAAGCAAUGGGGAUAUGUACAGGGGACGCAUGAAGGAGAUUGAUGACUAUAUGAAUGUGGUUCUGGAUGAAGUAACUGUCACUUCUUUUGGCUCCUGCUCGCCAAGGAAAGAGGCGAUUAUCAGAGGGUCAAGCAUCAGAUUCUUUGUUUUACCACCUGCGUUGAAGUUUGCGCCAUUCUUUGGGAGGUACGAGACUUGA